ACGAAUGUAAGUCUUUACAAUAGUAGGGCAUUUUCAUUGCAUAAGCAACGAUUAUCCAGUAUCAAAGGAUAUGAGAAUAAGUAGAUCUCUAGUGUUAUAUCCAGAGUUGAGAAAAUGAGAUCUUAAUCAAUUAAUAGACGUAAGUAGAUAGAAUAAUAAUAACUUGGAGAAGAAAAUCAACGAAUAAGGUAUACAAUUCUGUAAUUUUAGGAUUAAAUUGUUGGAAAUAGCAAAUGAAAAGAAGACAUCAACUUAAUAAGUUAAAUUAUGUUAAGCAAAAAAGAAAUUAUAACAAUUAUUAAGACAUUAAUAGAAUAUGAUGGAGAAUCUUAUUUUGAUGAAAAAGAUAACCAAUGUGUAUUUAUUAUAAGAUAUUUAGAACAUCAUCCAUUACUCAUAGAGUUUAAGUGUAAGAUUUUUAAAUUAGUAAAUUAAAGUAACUUCAAAGAUAUCUACAAGAUGAUGAAAAGAGUUUUCAUAAGUAUAAAUACCUAUAACAAAGACCUUCAAUUAAUCAAAGUCCCAAUAUUUCAUAGUCAAAUUCUUACAAUACUUAGCAUACUAAAACUCUUGAUGCUGCUAACAUUAAAUUAUAAGAAUUUAGAAUGUAUUCAAAUGGAUAAUUACUUCAAUGA